AUGGCAGAACCUGAACAGGAGAUCCACGUGAAGUUCGACCCUCCUAACGAUAUUGGCAAGCCUACUUCCAUAUAUUCGCCUUCUCAUACUGGUUGCGACUUUGACAUUAUUGCUCCUGCAAACGAUCCCAGUGGUCACUGGGUGAGAUCGCACGAACCGCCGUUCCGGGAUCUCAGAGACCCAAACGUCCUCCAGAAAGCGCUUCAAUGGUUAUCUCACUGCAAAGAGCGUCACACAGCCUGCCGCUCACCCAAGUACGGGGCUGUACAACCUCCACGACAAUCACAGCAAUCCUUGAACUUCUAUCCCCGGCGGCUGGUGUGCAUCAGCGUUCCCAAUACCACGGAGAUUCAGCUGGUUCAGCCGUCACCAGGAGUGCCAUAUGCUGCUCUGAGUUUCCACAAGAGCGGGAGGGAACCGGGCGUCACAGUACAGAGUAACUUCGAGCAGCGCAAUUCUGCGUUCCCCAUCGAGGGACUACCCAAGUCCAUCCAGGAUGGCAUACUGGUUGCCAGAGCUCUCGGAUUUCAGUAUCUUUGGAUUGAUAGCCUCUGCAUAGCUUUUGACGGCCAUGCCAUGGUGAGUGAGGAAGGCGCCACCUGGAUCGGAUCAUCCCGACUUACUGAUCUCGGCAGCGGGGUCACCAAGCAGUGA